AUGAAUCUCCGGGAUGCAGAAACAGGGAAAAUCCUCUGGCAAGGAACAGAAGAUCUCUCCGUCCCUGGAGUAGAACAUGAAGCUCGGGUCCCGAAGAAAAUCCUGAAAUGUAAAGCCGUCUCCCGGGAGCUCAACUUCUCCUCGACAGAACAGAUGGAAAAAUUCCGUCUGGAACAGAAAGUCUAUUUCAAAGGACAGUGUCUAGAAGAAUGGUUCUUCGAGUUCGGCUUCGUGAUCCCCAACUCCACAAACACCUGGCAGUCCUUGAUAGAGGCUGCUCCAGAGUCUCAGAUGAUGCCGGCGAGCGUCCUGACCGGAAACGUCAUCAUAGAAACCAAGUUUUACGACGACGACCUCCUCGUAAGCACUUCCAGAGUAAGACUGUUCUACGUUUGAGAGGAAGCCCCGGGGGUGGGGUGGGGGAAAGAGGCCCGGUUUGGUCCCCCGCCCUCCCCCUUCCUCCGGUUCCCGGCGCAGCAGAAUUCCCCCACCCCAUCCAAAAGCAUCCAGCGGAAGAUGGUUCCUUUAAGCGGAGACCCCCGUGGGCCCUGCUCGGUGCGACGUUUCCCCCCUCCUCUCUUUUUCUUCCUCCUCUCGAACAGACGGAGGGGGCUGAGCGACUUGCUCUAUCACCAUCUGCUCAGGGUUUUAUGGGGAGGGUGAGCACUGAGUCUCCAAAACAAGGGCAAGCACAUGGUCAUUGAAGGAUCAAGACUGUAAAUUAUGUUUAGUUUGUUGUUUUGUUUUUUUAAAACUUCCUUUGUAAGUCUUGGGAUCUUAGUCCUUAGAUUCCUUUCUCUCGGUUUUUUUGGACAAACUUCAUGCUUUCUUGAUUUCCCCCAUUUUCAGUUAACUCUCUCGUACUUAUAACCUCUUUUUCCUGUCUUUUCCUUUUUUAAAAAAAAGAAAGAAAGAAAUUAAUUUCGUCUCACUCCUGGUUUCUGCAUAACUGGUCCACACGUCAGCCCCGCCGUCCCCCGCUCAUUAAACUUGUAAACUAGACUGAUAUUAUUACAUAAUGUAAUUUAAAAAGAUAAAUUUCUGAAUUAAAAAGCAAAUGUUGCUAA